ACUUCCUUUGAUAACCGCCAUGCCUCUGAUUGUCUGCCUCACUUUGAACGAGAGGCUCACAACUUGCAGUUACCCCUCCUUGAGGUGAUAUUGGGCGCUGUUGUUGUUCAUGGUUGUUGGUGGUUGGUGGUUGGCAUUUGCCGUGUGACACAUACGAUGGCGAGUGCAACAUGGCAGCCCGUCGAGAUUCGCGAUACAAUCCUACACCUCAUUGCACGCAUCUCCUCUCGCGUGUUUCUAGGCAGCGAGCUCUGCCGAAAUGAAGACUGGCUCAAGGUCACACGCGACUACACAGCUGAUGCUAUGCGCGCGGCUAUUGAGUUACGUUUCGUCCCCAAGCCUGUGCGGUUUCUGGCGCACUGGUUUAUGCCGUCUUGCCAAAAAGCAAGAGUGCAUGUCCAGGAGGCAAGACGGAUCAUUGGGCCUGUUCUGGAAAAGAGAAGAGUACAAAAAAUGGCCGGCAACGGCAAUUUUGACGACGAUGCUAUUGAAUGGUACGUUCUGCGAUUGUUCGAGCGCGAGGCACAAGGCAAACCGUAUGAUCCUGUCAUUGCGCAGCUUGUUAUGAGCAUGGCAGCCAUCCAUACCACGCGAUCAUUUAUAUAA